AGCGUUUAAGAAUGCGCUGUUAUUUUGAUCUUACCACUAGAGUAGUAAAGAACGGCUAAAUAAUAACUACAACGAGUUUACUGAAAGAAAGGUUAAAGAUUAGAGGACCAAUAUUUUUUAGGACGUUCUGUUUUCCAUAAAACAAACGGGAUGACCUCUUCUCGGCCAUGGCGAAAAAACCUUCUCUUGAACUGAUUGCCUGUUGCAUACUGUAUGUUACAUGCCUAUUGUAUUCGUUCUACAAGAAUUAUGAACUGAGUAACGAAAAUCUCCCUAACUAUCAUACACUCGACGAUGGUUGGUUCAUUUUUCGUCAAAGGCGACGCGAUGAUUUUGAUUGGGAAUGGGAACACUACAUUCAGUUCGUACGGAGGCAUGGUAUCUUUUUCGUGCUACACAUUUGCCUGAUGGAGCUUUGCCGAAGAUAUGGCAGACAACUUUCCACCGUCCUGGCAAUCUACGGAGUGAUAUUUAUCUUCUUUAUGUAUAACGUAUUAGUAUUAGCGGUGCUGUUGUUUCAGUGCGUUUCGUUCUAUUACGGAAAUUCUGGCAAAAACUAUCGUCGCACUGUUUGGUUGAAGGCAGUCUUUUGGAUUGCUUUCAUAAAUUAUUUCAAGGUUUGGUUCUUUUAUGACAAACUGAACGUGUACCUGAACAUCGAUAAUGAUCAGUUGUUGCAACUUAGCUUGAUCGUUUCGUGGAACGUUAUUAAGUGUAUCAGUUUUUGUUUAGAUAAGCAACGAGACCCACGUCCAACAGAACAUUACGGUUUAUUGGAUUUAUUGGGGUAUUUGCUGUACUUUCCAUUGCUGUUAAUGGGUCCCGCAAUCGUUUACAGUCGAUUCAAGACUAUUCAUAUCUCCACGGAAUGUAAUCAGAGAUCAAACACUCUCAAUCGAUUUACAAUUUUGGCUAGCCGUCUAGCAAUGGCUCUCUUUUGGACCAUGGUUAUGCUGGUGGGUCAACACUUUCUUUAUGUAAACCUUAUUCAGCAAGAUCACGUUUUGCUACAGAACGUUAACCUAUGGGCGCUCUAUGGGCUCGGAUUUCUGAUGGGACAAUUUUUCUAUAUCAAGUAUAUCGUAUUUUAUGGCGUUGGUAUAGCAUUCGGUAGUUUCGAUGGAAUUGAUAUGCCUGCGAAACCAAUCUGCAUAGCCCGAGUGAACCAGUACUCGGAUAUGUGGAAGUAUUUCGAUCGGAGCCUAUACGAGUUCCUCUUCAAGUACAUUUAUACUCAACUGUGCACGAAAACAUCACCAAUGCCGCAGAAAAUUCUUGCCAGCCUAGCCACGUUUGCGUUCAUUUACGUCUGGCACGGGGUAUUUCUUUUCAUACUCAUAUGGUCAUUCAUAAAUUGGCUGUGUAUUUUGUUAGAAAGGCUUGUAAAUCAUUACACCCCGGCAGGUAGCCGCUGGCGAGCCAUAAUCGGAACGCACGUCUUUAUCCCAUCGGUAGUUUCUAAUUUUUUCUUCUUCGCUUCGGAGCAAGUGGGUUUUAUCUACCUCCGGCGAACGUAUACAGAAGGAAUCAGUAAUUAUUUAGGGCUGUACGCAGCUUCGUAUUGCUUCUACCAAACUGGGCAGUUAGUUAAAAUAUUGCAAACAAAACGAUGAAACUGAAAAUGACUGAUUGAAACAUACAAUAAUCACAUAA